AUGAAUAUUGGCGUUAUUCUUAUUACUUGUGCUGUCAUAUACUCAGUACAAGGAGGUUGUCCAACAGAUACUUGUUCUGGAGCUCAGACUUGCUGUGGAACAACGGUCGCUGGAGAGUACGGUUGUUGCCCACAACCCAACGCUGUCUGCUGCUCGGACGGACUUCAUUGUUGUCCACAUGAUACGGUCUGCAACUUUAAAGAAGGCCGAUGCGAUGCCAAAAACGGUCUAGUACACCCAUUGUUAAUUAAGGAUCCUCCAUCAAACAAUAUUAAGGUCGAAGUGGUGGAAGUUGCCAACACAGUCGACAUUGUUUACUGUCCAGGACGUCGUUAUUACUGCCAGGACGGAUCUACUUGCUGUCCUUUACGAAGUGGAGGAUACUCAUGCUGUCCUUACCAAUCUGCUUCGUGCUGUCCCGAUAAGAUACAUUGUUGUCCUUACGGUUCUCGAUGUGAUGCGACCUCCAGACAUUGCUACAGAAGCGAUCAUCUUUAUCAAGCUUUUAUUAAAACACCGGCUUUUCCUGUGAAUUGNUGCGAUGCCAAAAACGGUCUAGUACACCCAUUGUUAAUUAAGGAUCCUCCAUCAAACAAUAUUAAGGCCGAAGUAGUGGAAGUUGCCAACACAGUCGACAUUGUUUACUGUCCAGGACGUCGUUCUUACUGCCAGGACGGAUCUACUUGCUGUCCUCUAUCAAGUGGAGGAUACUCAUGCUGCCCUUACCAAUCUGCAUCGUGCUGUCCCGAUAAGAUACAUUGUUGUCCUUACGGCACUCGAUGUGAUUCGCCCUCCAGACAUUGCCGCAGAAGAAAUAAUCUUUAUCAAGCUUUUAUUGAGAAACCUGCCUUUCCUAUGAAUUGAAUUGUUAAUCUAUUUGUUAAUAGAUGGUUUUGUAUUGCUUAUAGACUUCAAAUAAAAAUUAAAGAUUGUUUUGUGCACAGAAA